CUCAACGAUUCAGAGCUAUGUUUUAACUGCCUCUUCUCUCUUUGUCUUUCCCUUUAAAUAACCUUCCCAUUACACGGUUUCAUCAUCACCACCAUCACUCAUAAUCCCUCUCUUUCUCAAGAUCAAGAUUCAAGAUUCAAGAUCAAGAUCACCACUCAGUCCUCCAAGAUGACAAUGAGCACAGUCCACCAACAAGUUCUUGCACUUCCAGCUGACAAGACUGCUCCAUCAGGUUACUUGUCUGACCUAGCUUCCAUCAACAAGCUCCAUAUCCCAACAUCUUCCAAACAAAUCAAGGGAAAAUCUGUUCUGAGAAAGAAGAAAACCGAUAGCUUCACAAACGGAACAAGAGAUCAGAGCAAGUUAGGGCCCAAGCUGACUGAAACAGUCAAGAGAAAACUAUCCUUGGGAGCUAAGAUCAUUCAAAUGGGAGGCUUAGAGAAGAUUUAUAAACGUCUCUUCAGAGUCCACGAAGAAGAGAAACUCUUCAAGGCCUACCAAUGUUACCUAUCCACAACCGCAGGUCCCAUCGCAGGCUUACUCUUCAUCUCAUCAAAGAAGAUUGCUUUCUGCAGCGAGAGAUCUAUCAAAGUGGCUUCUCCUCAGGGAGAUAACGUCAGGGUUCACUACAAAGUGUCAAUACCACUGUGCAAGAUCAAUGGAUUGAACCAGAGUGUGAACACGAAGAAGCCCUCUCAGAAAUACCUAGAAGUAGUCACUGUGGAUGGCUUUGAGUUCUGGUUUAUGGGUUUCUUGAGCAACAAGAAAGCUUACAACUGUCUCGAGCAAGCGCUUUGUCUGAGCAUGGAGCAAUAACAAGCCCAAGGCUGAAGAGGAAAUAUUUAAUUUCUAAUUAGGAGAGAGCUUAGAAAAGUCAGAGAAUAUGGUACAAACUCUUUUUUUUUGUUUAGCUUUAACCCUUUUGUUAUCCAUUGUUUACAAGAGCAAGAUAUUGAAUAUAUUUAGCUUGAUCCCAUA